AUGAUGGACGCAAAAGUUACAUCUGAUGGAAAACCAAAGCUUGUUGAUAUCAUUGACACAACAGGAAGUGGUGAUGUGAAUACUGCUACAGUAGUAGAGCCAAAAGAUGGUGAAAUUAUUGGCCUCUCAGGAAGAGUGCUUCAGAUUCCUGCAAGCUGGACAAAUCCCUCAGGCAGAUAUCAUAUUGGCAUAAAAAAUGGCUACGACUUCUAUCCAAAGGCUCUCAAGGAAAGGAUACAGAAAGAACGGAAGGAAAAAAUCUGGGACCCUGUUCACAGAAUGGCCCUGGCAGAAGCUUGUAGAAAACAAGAAGAAUUUGAUGUUGCCAACAAUUGCCCUUCUCAAGUAAAUAAACUAAUCAAAGAGGAGCUUCAAAGUCAAGUGGAAUUGCUAAAUUCUUUUGAGAAAAAAUAUAGUGAUCCUGGCCCUGUAUAUGACUGCUUGGUAUGGCACGAUGGUGAAGUCUGGAGAGCCUGCAUUGAUUCGAAUGAAGACGGGGACUUGAGUAAAUCUACUGUAUUGAGAAACUACAAAGAAGCCCAAGAAUAUAGUUCUUUUGGCACAGCUGAGAUGUUGAAUUACUCCGUUAAUAUAUAUGAUGAUGGAAACUUGCUCUCUAUUGUGACCAGUGGAGGAGCUCAUGGAACUCAUGUAGCAAGUAUAGCUGCUGGGCAUUUUCCAGAAGAACCUGAACGGAAUGGUGUGGCUCCUGGUGCCCAAAUUCUUUCAAUCAAGAUUGGUGAUACAAGACUGAGCACAAUGGAAACAGGCACAGGCCUUAUAAGAGCUAUGAUAGAAGUUAUAAACCAUAAGUGUGAUCUUGUCAACUACAGCUAUGGAGAAGCAACUCACUGGCCAAAUUCUGGGAGAAUUUGUGAAGUCAUUAAUGAAGCAGUGUGGAAGCAUAAUAUAAUUUAUAUUUCCAGUGCUGGAAACAAUGGUCCAUGCCUUUCUACAGUUGGUUGUCCUGGUGGAACUACAUCAAGUGUAAUAGGUGUUGGUGCUUAUGUUUCACCUGAUAUGAUGGUUGCUGAAUAUUCUCUGAGAGAGAAAUUACCUGCCAAUCAAUAUACGUGGUCUUCUAGAGGGCCCAGUGCUGAUGGGGCCCUUGGAGUGAGUAUCAGUGCACCAGGAGGAGCCAUUGCUUCUGUUCCUAACUGGACAUUGAGAGGAACUCAACUAAUGAAUGGGACAUCCAUGUCUUCUCCCAAUGCAUGUGGAGGUAUCGCCCUGAUACUUUCAGGUCUGAAAGCUAAUAAUGUUAACUACACAGUUCAUUCAGUUAGAAGAGCUCUAGAAAACACUGCAGUGAAGGCUGACAAUAUAGAAGUAUUUGCCCAAGGACAUGGUAUUAUUCAGGUUGAUAAAGCCUAUGACUACCUCGUUCAGAAUACAUCAUUUGCUAAUAAAUUAGGUUUCACUGUAACCGUUGGAAAUAACCGUGGCAUCUACCUCAGAGAUCCUGUUCAGGUGAUGGCACCUUCAGAUCAUGGUGUUGGCAUUGAACCUGUAUUUCCAGAAAAAACUGAAAACUCUGAAAAAAUAUCACUUCAGCUUCAUUUAGCUUUAACUUCAAACUCAUCUUGGGUUCAGUGUCCUAGCCACUUGGAACUCAUGAAUCAAUGUAGACAUAUAAACAUACGUGUGGAUCCCCGGGGCUUAAGAGAAGGAUUACAUUAUACAGAGGUAUGUGGCUAUGAUAUAGCAUCCCCUAAUGCAGGUCCUCUGUUCAGAGUUCCAGUCACCGCAGUUAUAGCAUCAAAAGUAAAUGAAUCCUCACACUAUGAUCUAGCCUUUACAGAUGUACAUUUUAAACCUGGUCAAAUUCGAAGGCAUUUUAUUGAGGUUCCUGAGGGUGCAACAUGGGCUGAAGUUACAGUGUGUUCUUGUUCUUCUGAGGUGUUGGCCAAGUUUGUUCUUCAUGCAGUACAACUUGUGAAGCAAAGAGCAUAUAGAAGCCAUGAAUUCUAUAAGUUUUGUUCCCUUCCAGAAAAAGGAACACUGACUGAAGCUUUUCCUGUCUUAAGUGGGAAAGCAAUUGAAUUCUGCAUUGCCCGUUGGUGGGCUAGUCUUAGUGAUGUCAAUAUUGAUUACACCAUUUCUUUCCAUGGGAUAGUGUGUACCGCUCCUCAGUUAAACAUUCAUGCAUCAGAAGGAAUCAACCGUUUUGAUGUUCAGUCCUCCUUGAAAUAUGAAGAUCUGGCUCCCUGCAUAACUUUGAAGAGCUGGGUCCAAACACUACGCCCACUGAGUGCAAAAACAAAACCUUUAGGAUCAAGAGAUGUUUUGCCAAAUAAUCGUCAACUUUAUGAAAUGAUCCUUACCUAUAACUUUCAUCAACCCAAAAGUGGGGAAGUAACUCCAAGCUGCCCACUACUUUGUGAAUUAUUAUAUGAAUCAGAAUUUGACAGCCAACUGUGGAUCAUCUUUGACCAGAAUAAAAGACAGAUGGGUUCAGGCGAUGCCUAUCCACAUCAGGUACUUAAAGAUCUUCAUUUUAUUGUUUCUCAUAGGUUGUCUAAUACCUUGAGCUUAGAUAUUCAUGAAAAUCAUAGCCUUGCACUUCUAGGAAAGAAGAAAUCGAGUAAUUUGACACUACCACCCAAAUAUAACCAGCCAUUCUUUGUUACUUCCUUACCUGAUGACAAAGUACCUAAAGGGGCAGGACCUGGAUGCUACCUUGCAGGAUCCUUAACAUUGUCAAAGACUGAACUUGGAAAGAAAGCGGGGCAGUCUGCAGCAAAACGACAAAGAAAAUUUAAAAAGGAUGUAAUCCCUGUUCAUUACUAUCUUAUAUCUCCACCAACAAAGACUAAGAAUGGCAGCAAAGAUAAAGAAAAAGACUUAGAAAAAGAGAAAGAUUUCAAAGAAGAGUUUACUGAAGCGUUACGAGAUCUUAAAAUUCAAUGGAUGACAAAGCUGGAUUCUGGUGAUAUUUAUAAUGAAUUGAAAGAAACAUACCCUAAUUAUCUUCCUCUAUAUGUUGCACGACUUCAUCAAUUGGAUGCUGAAAAGGAACGAAUGAAAAGACUUAAUGAAAUUGUUGAAGCUGCAGAUGCUGUUAUUUCUCAUAUAGAUCAAACGGCCCUAGCAAUUUAUAUUGCUAUGAAGACUGACCCCAGGCCUGAUGCAGCUACUAUAAAAAAUGACAUGGACAAACAAAAAUCCACCCUCGUAGAUGCCCUGUGUAGAAAAGGAUGUGCCCUGGCUGACCAUCUUCUUCAAGCACAGGAUCAAGAUGGAGCUGUUUCAAGUGAUGCAGAAGGAAGAGAAGAAGAAGGAGAAAGUACUUUGGAUUCUCUGACGGAAACUUUUUGGGAAACUACAAAAUGGACUGAUCUUUUUGACAAUAAGGUUUUGACAUUUGCAUACAAGCAUGCAUUAGUAAAUAAAAUGUAUGGGAGAGGCCUUAAAUUUGCAACUAAACUUGUGGAAGAAAAACCAACAAAAGAAAACUGGAAAAAUUGUAUUCAACUGAUGAAGUUACUUGGAUGGACCCAUUGUGCAUCUUUUACUGAAAACUGGCUCCCCAUCAUGUAUCCUCCUGAUUAUUGUGUAUUCUAAACUGAGAACCAAGACUUUAAAUUUUAAAAAAGAAAAUUUUAUAGUGGAUGGACAUAAAAACAAAUUUGUGGCAUUUUUAGUCUAAUGCAUGUUUUCAUCUGCUAUCAAAUAUUGAUUAUUAAAAUGAUGUGUAUUUAUCAGAGACGUUGCUGGCGUGUGGCUUAAUACAUGUAAAUCUAGACCUCUGACAUCAUGGUGUGUUCUUACUGCCUCACAUUGCUGGCAAUGGGCUGUGCCCUGACUGCCAGCACCAAGGACUUUCAUUUGGGUUGCAGCUACUACAUGCAUGAUAAGUUUUGAAGAGUAACUUUUAACUGCAAACCUGUAAAAUUCUAUUUUUUAUUUUAUAAAAGAACAGGGUUUUAACAUGUUCUACUUUAAUUUUUCUCAAUUGUAUGAAGGCCUUAAAAAAGCUACAUUAAGCGUAGCUAAAAUUAUUUAUUGGACUAAAAAGUAACAGAAUUUCACUUUCAGAUAUUUUUUUGGUUUGUCUUUUUUUUUUAACCUUUACAUUCAAUUAAGGGGGAAAUUUAAAGGGGCACAAAUAAAUAAUGUGGCAAUUGCUGGGGCAGAACUGCUUCUAUAAAUCUUCAUCUUGGAGUAAUUUCAGGCCAAUCAUUUUUAACAUCCUUUUGAUGUGCAGAGCAUCUGAAUGAAUCAAUAAUACAUGUAUAAGUGCCAGAUAGCUAAAUCUUUAUCAGGUAUUGUAAAGACACAAAUAUGGUAUGUUUAUUAAAGUUGAAAUAAUGUAAACAGAUGAAUAAAUGUGCAAAACCAAGAUCACAGUACACCAUAUACACUGAUACCUUAAUUUUUUAAUAAAUAAUAAACGUGAAUAUUGAAGCUUC